GUUACAAGCCGUGUGACCCGCAGGUGAUCAGGGACCGUGUGGCUCACAUGGAGUUUUGUUACCAAGAGCUGUGCCAGCUCGCAGCCGAGCGCCGGGCCCGCUUGGAGGAGUCUCGGCGCCUCUGGAAGUUCUUCUGGGAAAUGGCUGAAGAGGAGGGUUGGAUCCGGGAGAAGGAGCAGAUCCUGUCAUCCGAUGACUAUGGGAAGGACCUAACCAGUGUUGUGCGUCUUUUGAGUAAACAUAAGGCGUUUGAAGAUGAAAUGAGUGGUCGCAGUGGCCACUUUCAGCAGGCGAUAAAAGAAGGUGAAGACAUGAUUGCGGAGGAGCAUUUUGGGUCAGAGAAAAUCAGAGAGAGAAUUAAAGAUAUCCGGGAGCAGUGGGCUAACUUGGAACAGUUAUCUGCUAUUAGGAAGAAGCGUCUGGAGGAAGCCUCUCUCCUUCACCAGUUCCAAGCUGAUGCUGAUGACAUUGACGCGUGGAUGUUGGACAUCCUCAAGAUCGUCUCCAGCAAUGAUGUGGGCCAUGAUGAAUAUUCCACUCAGUCCUUGGUCAAGAAACACAAAGACGUGGCUGAAGAGAUAGCAAGCUACAGGCCGACCAUUGACUCACUGCAUGAACAGGCAAAGGCUCUACCACAGGAACAUGCCGGAUCUCCUGAAGUGCAAGGCAGAUUGUCUGGAAUAGAGGAAAGGUACAAAGAGGUUGCUGAACUGACCCGUCUGCGUAAGCAGGCCUUGCAGGAUACCCUUGCUCUUUAUAAGAUGUUCAGUGAGGCAGAUGCUUGUGAGCUUUGGAUUGAUGAGAAGGAGAAGUGGCUGAACAACAUGCAGAUUCCAGAGAAGCUGGAGGACCUGGAAGUGAUCCAGCACAGAUUUGAAAGCCUAGAACCAGAAAUGAACAAUCAGGCAUCACGUGUUGCAGUCGUGAACCAAAUUGCCAGGCAGCUAAUGCACAGUGGCCAUCCAAGUGAGAAGGAGAUCAAAGCACAGCAAGAUAAACUCAACACAAG